AUGGCCACCAUGGACAGCCAUGGGAGGUGGAAAGGCAUUCGCCCCGGCCAAGGGCUUUACCGCGACUACGGCUACAGCCCAGUCUACAGCCCGUAUCGAGUUUCGGCUUAUAUAGCCAACGCUCCAGACAAGAUGGCGUGCACGCCAGACCCCAUGGUGCCACCAAACAGGCUCCGCCGAUACGCUGCCGAUCAGACCAACACGACCCUGGUGGUCGGCAGCAUCGACAGGUCGGUGAGCAACGACGACCUCAGGGGCCUCUUCGAGAACUACGGCCAGAUCCGAUAUCUGAACAGGCCCGAACAGACCUGUGCCUAUGUCCAGUUCGUGAUGCGGCGCGACGCCCUGAUGGCUAUUAGGCAGCUACAGGGCAUCCCUGUCUACAGGUGCCGGCUUCGAAUCUCGUGGGGGGACCCCACGGUGAAGAAGCAGGAGGAGAUCGAGGUCAAGGAAGGUCCCCUCCGUCUCAAGGGCAACAGGCACCAGAGGCUGCCGAAGCAGCAGCCUCAGAAGCAGCAGAAGCAGCAGGAGCAGGAGCAGCAGGAGCAGCAGGAGCAGCAGGAGCAGCAGGAGCAGCAGGAGCAGCAGGAGCAGCCCGAGCCCAUGGAGGAAAAGCCUCGGCCUCAUUUCAGACUCGACCCUCGUGCAGCUAGCUUCACGCCAGAUCGGAAAUGA